AAAUUUUACAAGUUUCUAUAAAAAGUAUUACAUAGAUUGAAGAAUACUGAGAAUACGCUAUAAGUACUAGAUCAGAGUCAACUAAACGUAGAAGAUAAAGUUGAACAAAUGGGUCUUCUAGAAGAAAUUAGACAUGAGACUAUCUCCCACAAUAUAAUAAAAGAAUCAUUAGCAUAAACACGUACUCCUAGUAACAAAAAGAAAGGUGAUAGUUGACAGCUAAAGUUAAUAGAGAGGAUGCAUAAAAGCAACAGUGCUAUUUCCAUUGACCGUAAAAUCCUUUGUCCAAAGUUAAAACUGAGUGCCAAAAUUUACGGAGGCUAUCUCAAUCUGAACCCAGUAGCUUAGAAAAACUAAAAGAACUUUUUUUUUUUUUUUUUUUUUUGCUGACUUAGUCAAACUCAUUCGUGCAGUAGUUUCUAUAAAAUCGCAGCAAAAGAAAUAUUUCCUAAGUUAGGCAAAUUUUUCAGCGACAAUAUAGAUAGAAUAAUUGAAAAACAGAAGAAAGACAAGGUUACUAAUACACAGAAGAUUACUACUCAAAGCAGAUUGAACUUGGCUCAUUAUGCUUGCAGCAAAUAGGUUUUACGUCACACCAUGCAUACUUCUUAUCAGCACCUAUAUCUGAUUUCUGUUAUGGUUUAGUUUUACUUUUGGUUCGGUGGUCAUCAAAUUUAUCAAAGAUGUCUAUAAGCAGCUCAUUAACAAGGUACAAUCAUGUGUGAAACUCAA